AUGGAAGCGGGUUUACUUAUAGGCGCACAGACACUUACAUUUCCUGACUACCCGGAUAUUGAGAAAGCUUAUGUAUCUCAUCUGUCGUCAUCUACUCAGUCGAAAGCUCCGGAAACACUGAAAACGGGGUCUUUGGCACAAGAAAUUCAAAAAGCUAGAGAGCAUAUCAAAACAUCCUUGGAUCGCGUUGCUGUAUCCCGACCUUUCGACGUUGGGCGUCUUGAUGAACUUGAAAAACUUGUUACCAGUCUUGUUAGUCGCAUAUCAGAUCUGGAGUCACGCAUAAGCACUAUGAAGUUGAGUAAUGAUCCUCAUGAUGUAGUUGGAGAAAAAUCAGAUUCAGAGCCUGAUCUUUUUGGUUCAGAUAGCGAGGAGGAUAAAGAAGCUGAGCGUAUCAGGAGUGAGAGAGAAGCCGAAUACCUUGCAAAAAAAGCUCUAAAGCCUGUUGUGGCGGCAAAGUCAAGUAUCACCCUUGAUGUGAAACCAUGGGAUGAUGAAGUAGAUAUGGAAGAACUUACCUCUUUGGUGAAAAGUAUUAAAGUAGAUGGCCUUUUAUGGGGUGCAUCCAAAUUAGUGCCCAUCGCUUUUGGCAUAAAGAAGCUCCAAAUCUGUUGUGUCGUUGAAGAUGACAAGGUUGGAACUGACUUCCUUGAAGAAUCUAUAAAGGAAUUUUCGAAACAUGUCCAAUCUGUAGAUAUUGUAUCAUUCAACAAGUUGUAA